GAUAUGAACCGCGGGGCUCUAAAAUAAUAUUAGGAUUAACAAUGGUUACAUAUCCCCGCACAUAGAUGUGAUCUCAGCUCUGCAAAUAUUUCGAAACUAUUUCUUUAAAUCAGGAAGAGGUAACUAAUGUAACUAAUGCGUGGUUUUCCUAAAUCCAGCCUUUAAAUGCUCUGCAGCGGAUUAUUUCACUGUUUGUGGAAGUUACCUGUCCUGCAGGAUGAGACUGGGGACUCUAUUAGCUUUUACUUUGACGUGCUCAUCUUUCUCUCUGUCAGCCGAACAAUCUAAAGUGAAGAGCCCCGGUGGACACAGCCGCUGCCUUGACCGAGCCUGCAACCCCGGCAUCGGUAACCUGGCUGCGGGCAGAGUGCUGCACACGCAGUCCGUCUGCGGCUCCAACUCUUCGGAGCGCUUUUGCUUUUUUAAACAGACCGCCGGGCCCCGCGGCAAGCCGUCCUGCUCCGCGGCUAGAUGCGCCCGCUGCAACGCCGCCAAGCCCGCACAGGCGCACCCUGCCUCGGCUAUGAGCGACUCCUCGUUCCGCCACCCGGACACCUGGUGGCAGUCUGCUGAGGGGCUGGAGGAGGAGGAGGCGCUCCGGCUGGACCUGGAGACCAAGUUUCUCUUCACUCACCUGAUCCUGGUGUUCCGCUCCCCCCGCCCCGCUGCCAUGCUGCUGGAGCGCUCCCAGGACUUUGGACGCACAUGGAGGACCCUCAGAUAUUUUGCCCAGGACUGUGAGAAGAUGUUCGGCCUGGCUGAGGGUUUGCCUCUCGAGGAAGACGGGGCGACAUGUACCUCUAAAUACUCAGCAGCGUUCCCCUGCACCAGAGGAGAGGUAAUCUACCGAGGCCUGUCCCCUUGGCGCUCGGUGGACCCCUACGGACUAGCUGCCCAGAACCAGCUCACUGUCACCAACCUCAGAGUUCGUCUCCUGCAGAGACAGCAGUGCCCGUGCCAGACCAAACAUCCGGGAGCUGCCUCUCUCCCGACGGACCACUACGCUAUCUAUGAUUUUGUUGUCAAAGGCAGCUGCCUUUGUAACGGACACGCUGACCACUGCGUGCCCGCCAGAGGCUAUCAACCCGGCCCGGCAAAGGCCAGCAGUGUGGUCCAUGGCAAAUGCGUUUGCAGACACAACACGGCCGGCGACCACUGCGAGCGCUGUGCCCCUCUCUACAAUGACCUGCCGUGGCAGGCGGCCAACGGCAUCAUGGGUACACCACACGAAUGCCAGAAAUGCAAGUGCAACGACCACGCCAGGAGCUGCCACUUCAGUCGAGGACUGUGGCUAGCUACGGGACGGCGGAGAGGCGGCGUGUGCGACCACUGUCUCCACAACACAGAGGGCCGUCACUGUCAAAACUGCAAGAGGGGCUUCUACAGAGACCCGAGCCGUCCCAAAACCGCACCAGACUCCUGCAAACCCUGCUCCUGCCACCCUGUUGGCUCGGUCCUCUCAGCUGGUGGCACCAUCUGUGGCCCCAGCACCGGGGAAUGCGCUUGUAAGCCUGGUGUGGGAGGCCCCCACUGUGACAAGUGCAUAAUGGGAUACUGGGGGCUUCACGAAUAUGGCUGUCGUCCAUGUGACUGCACGGGAGACUGCGACCCCUACACCGGCGACUGCGUAUCUGGCGUAGGUGCUGAGGUCCUCUAUGCAGCUGCUGGAAACCCAGGAAACGGCAGCAACGAUAGUGAGACAGCAAUAUCAAGAGCAAAGGAGCUUUUCUCUGCACUGCACCACGCUGAGAAAUGUGAAUGCCUUGAAGGUACCCUGGGCAGCCCUAAAUGGUUCUGCGUAGCUAAGUUUGACUAUGUUCUGGUGGUGAAGGUGAUGUCCGCUCAUGAUAAAGGCUCCCAUGCCGAGGUGGAGGCGAAGAUUAAAAAGGUCCUACAGCAGAACCCGCAGAUGAAGAUCCAGCACGGAAACGUCACACUGUUUCCCGAGUCUUGGACCGUCCGAGGCUGUACGUGUCCCAUCCUCAAUCCAGGAGAUGAAUACGUAGUGGCUGGCCAUAAGAACUGGAAAACUGGCCGGCUCAUGGUGAACACCAGGAGUUUUGUUAAACCAUGGAAGUCGAGCCUGGGACGCAAACUCCUUCACAUUAUCAGAAAAGACUGUGGGCGCAGGUAAAACGCUGCCCAGAUCAACAAGCAGACGGUUUGUUGAUCCAUCUGAAUGUUGGACCAAAAUCUGGUCCAACAAUCUUCAGAGAGACUGUCUUGUUUGGAUGCUGAAGUGAAGCUGAAGUGAAUGACUCUUAUCUCCUCUACUGAGGAGUUUAUAGGACAGAAAAAGACCUAUGAUCUUUUUUUUACAGAUUGUUUUUAAACUACACACAGAGUUAUAUUGUGUCUCCUUGCCAAAAUCUGCAAAAAGUUUUUAUUGUCCUGUCCCCGGUUAUUUUAUUGAUAAGUACUUGAACAUUUUCAAAGUCACAGUUUUUACAAUAUAAUUUUUUAUCUCAGAUAUGAAUAAAUUAUGACAAGCUGA